CUUUUCCUUCAUUAUCGAUCUCUCCUAACAAUCCUCCCUUCUUCUGUAUUUUACCUUCCAGAAAUGGCGGUGCCUCCGUCACCGUUUCGGGCGGUCCUAUUCCUGCUGGCUGCCGCCGUCGCCGCGGUGGACGCCAUCGGCGUCAACUACGGCAUCCUCGGCGACAACCUCCCUCCGCCGGCGCAGGUGGCUCAGUUCCUCAAGGACAAGACAACAAUCGACCGCGUGAAGAUCUUCGGCGUGAACGCCGACAUCCUCCAAGCCUUCGCCGGCACCGGCAUCCUGGUCUCCGUCACCAUCCCCAACGGCGAGAUCCCCAACCUGGCCAACAUCCACUACGCCCGCCGCUACAUCGCCGCCAACAUCAAACCCUUCCACCCCCAGACCAAAUUCCAGUACAUCCUCGUCGGCAACGAGAUCCUCCACUGGGGCCCACAGGACCUCCGCGACAACCUCGUCGCCGCCAUGCACUCCGUCAACAAGGCCCUCCGCCUCGAGAAAAUCACCGGCGUCAAAGUCACCACCGCCCACUCCCUCGGCAUCCUCCAGCCGUCGGAUCUCCCGAGCCUGGCCCGAUUCACCGCCGGCUGGGAUAAAGACUACCUCGCCCCGAUCCUGGAGUUCCACCGCCAGACCCGGACUCCCUUCAUGGUUAACCCGUACCCGUAUUUCGGGUACAGCCCGGAUAAAUCGGACUUCGCUCUUUUUCGCCCCAACAAAGGCGUCUACGACAAGUAUAUCCGUAGAACCUACGGCAACAUGUUCGAUCUCCUCCUCGACUCCGUUUACGUGUCCAUGAAGAAAUUAGGGUUCCCCGACGUGGAAAUCGCCGUCGGGGAAACGGGGUGGGCGUCGCAGGGCGAGACCUACGAGCAGCCCAAAUGCUCGGUGGCGAACGCUGCCGACUACAACGGCGGCCUCGUCCGGCACUACAACGCCGGCAGGGGGACGCCGUUGAUGCCGAAGAGGAGAUUCGAGACGUAUAUAUUCGCCCUCUUCAAUGAGAAUCAGAAAACCGGGUCCAUGGCGGAAAGAAACUUCGGUCUCUUCCGCCCGGAUUUCACCGCCGUGUACGAUGUUGGCAUUAUGCGCGGCGGCAGCGGUGGUGGCGGUGGAGGCGGUGGAGCUGCUCCUUCAAAGCCAACACCUGCACCACCAGUGACCGGCAGUAACAAGUGGUGCGUGCCAAAAGCCGGUGCCACCGACGCCGCACUUCAGAACAACAUAAACUACGCGUGCGGCCAAGGGAUAGACUGCCAGCCCAUUCAACCCGGCGGCGCGUGCUUCAACCCACCCACUGUUAGGGCCCACGCUUCCUUCGUCAUGAAUACUUAUUAUCACGCCAAAGGCCUCCAAGAUUUCAACUGUGACUUCUCCGGCACCGGCGUCGUCACCUCUUCCGACCCCAGUACUAGUACAUGCAAAUACGUUUCUUGAGAAGGCCAAAUAAAUUUAAUUAAUUAGGUAUUUUAUUUAUUAAAAUUUAAUUCAUUAAUUAGGUCCCUUUACUUGUCACCAGCUGGAUAUAUAUACCUUGUCAAAAUAUAUACAGGAAAGAAAGGAAUAUAAUUAAGCAAAAUGUAAUCUUUUAAUGAAUUUUAUUCCCCUUCAGGAAAAUUAUAAUAAAUAUUUCAAUCUUGCAUGGUAUUUA